UGUAGUUUGAAAUGAAAUAUAACGUUUUGGAAAAUGUUUCUAAAACCAGGAAACGAGCGGCGUGUGCGUGUUUUAUUUCUGGCGCCACCCCCCGUCUAGUCCGAUGUACUGCAAGCGUAAAAUAUUUAACGGAAACGCUUGACGCAGCGUCGUGACGUCGCGGCAUCAUGGCGCGCUCUCCGAUGGCGUGCUCACUCACAACAAACAGGACGCAGACGCCGUGUAACACGAGAAUCGCAUACUAGAGGGAAUGGAUCUGAACGAAGGCUCCGCGCUCGGCGUGUUCAGUUGUGAGCUGUGCGAAAUGUCCAGUCCGUACAGCUUCUACGGGCAGAAGCCGCCAAACACGAGAGCGAUAGUGCUCUUGGAGGAAUGUUACGGCAUGAAGGAUCCCUUUAGCCCAGAGAGAGAGAAGUUUCUGGUCUUAGGAUCCAAGUGCUAUCUGUGCAGUAAGACGGUGUGUGUGGGAACGGACUGCAGUCUGUUCUACACCAAGCGCUUUUGUUUGCCCUGUGUGCGGGAUCACCUCCAUCAGUUUCCAGAACAAAUUCAGAAUGAGCUGCUGAGGAAAAAGAGUGUCCAGAAGACGUCCUCUUCAUGAUGCUAGAAUGAUUUAGUCAGGACACUAGUGAGCCAUCUGGCCAGACACGCCAUAUGUUUUAUUAUAUUUGUAUUUAUGUGCAACUGGAGGCAGCAAAGCAUGUUUUGAUUAAAAUCAUUUCUGUGCUGUCAUUUACUGUGAUGAGUUUUACAAACAAGUUUUAUGAUAGUGAUGAAUGCAGCAACUAUACAAUAAGUAAUUUUUAUGUCAUUGGUUUUGAUUACUUGGUGACUGAAAAGAUAAGUGACUGAUACUGUAUAUGCAUGUGUGAUGAUAUAGGUGAGUGUCGAACCGGUUGUUGGAGCACAAACCAGUUGUGAGCAUGAGCAUGCAAACA